AUGCCCGCCACCGACACGACGAAACUGCCCCUCGAUGGCGGACCAGCCUACGGAUUGGGAAAUGGUGAGAGCCGCCGCGCUGACAGCCCUAUGCUACACGGCCUCGAUGGUUUGACGCUUUACGAAAAGAAAUGCGUUCUCAUCAACCGCGAGAUCGAUUCCCAGGGUAUGGGGAAGUACCAAUGGUACAUCUGGGGACUUUGUGGCUUUGGGUACAUGCUCGACCUGCUUUGGGCUCAAGCAUUCGGUCUGGUACUCAGUCCUCUGCAACAGGAGAUGGGCUUCGGGAAGGACGCUUCUGGGAAUAUUGCGACCAGUUUCAAUGCUGGUUUGACAGCCGGGGCAUUUAUUUGGGGUUUUCUGGCAGACAUUAUCGGUCGCACUUGGGCUUUCAACAUGACUUGCCUCAUCGCUUCGAUCUUCGGACUAUGCCUUGGGGCGUCUAACAACUACAACACCUUCCUCGUUUUGACGGCUUUCGUUGGUGUCGGAGUUGGAGGGAAUAUUCCCAUUGAUACCACGAUCACACUCGAAUUCAUCCCUCAGAAUCGACGCUUUCUGCUGGCUUGUUUAUCCGUCUUCCAGCCUAUCGGUGUCAUCGUAUGCAGCGCCAUCGCUUUCGGAUUCAUUCCUGUUUACUCAUGUUCGCCAAACUUCUCCGAAAUCCAAAAGGGACCCCUCAAGUCGUGCAACAAUGUAGCCUCUGGCGAGCCAUGCUGUGCACGAGCCGACAACAUGGGCUGGAGAUACCUCCUUUUCACGCUUGGAGCAAUCACUCUUCUGGUCUUCAUCCUACGAUUCUUCAUCUUCAAGUUUCAAGAGACGCCAAAGUAUCUUAUUUACCGAGGUCACGACGCCAAAGCGAUCAACACCCUCCAACACAUGGCGGAGGUAAAUGGGAAACAAUGCGGUCUCACCUUGGAAAUGUUCAAGUCUCUUGAAAGCGACGACCAGGAAGGAUCUGCUGGCAGUGCAGCAAGUGCCAGGCCAGCCCUGGGCAUUGGCGCGAAACAACUGGAUAUGAAGUGGACACAGAAGGUGAAGCUUGAGCUCAGUCGAUACAAGAUGUUGUUCGAUGGCUACCGAAUGACACGUUUGACCAUCUUGGUAUGGCUGACGUACAUCAUGGACUUCUGGGGGUUUACGGUUGCAGGACACUACUUGCCAACGAUUUUGGCCCUGAAGAACGGCGAGCAAUCAGUGCCGCUCAAAGCUACGUAUGCGGCGUACAUCUACACAUAUGCACCUGGGAUCGUUGGUGUUUUGAUUGGCGCUUUGAUGUACCACAUCCCGGCCGUUGGGCGGAAAUGGACCAUGGUGCUGUCCGCUGCGCUCAUGGGCAUUUCCAUCAUUCUCUUCUCGACAGUUGACACGAGGCCCAAGCACGAAGGUCUUUUCGCCAUGGAGUACUUCUUCCAGUCCAUGUUCAAUGCGGUUCUCUACGGCUGGACCCCCGAAGCAUUCCCGGCGCCGGUUCGUGGCACGGCUUGCGGCGUUGCCGGGUUUUGGGGUAGACUGUUCGGCAUCAUCAGCCCGUUGAUUGCGCAGCACCUGUACUCGGACGGGUCGGGUUCUGGCGGUAUCAACAAUGUUUUGUACUUGGCCGGUGGUGUUAUGUUGGGCUGUGUGAUCAGUACGGCGUUGUUACCCAACGAGAUGAUGGAGACUACGGAUGAACGCUCAUUCGCCUCUCGACAGUCGAGCUCGGGGGAGUCGCAAGUCGAAAGCCAGUGGAAAGACCAGCGAUAUCAGGACUCUCCUAGAUGA